GCUGUGUCCCUGUUGCUGCAUUGUAUCCUGGAGACCUGUGGGAGACAAAGUCCUACUUCAGCUUGCCUUGCAACAGGCUAGAGAACUCAAUUUAGAGGGACAUGGGAGCAUGAAGAAUUGCAUGGAGGGCACGGAUGUGCUGCCCGUGGUGGAAUCUCCUACAGCUUUUACCUGGCACUCUGCUGCUGCCUGGAAGGGAAUUACAGGAACGUCUGUGGACAGCAAAGGAACCUGGAGAUGAAGGUAUUUCUUGAACUAUUCAACACAUCACGGAGCUGUUGUGUUUUGGGGUAUCCUGCUUAAGGCCUCGGAGGAAAAUCUGCCAACAGCCAAAAAUGACUUGAGUUGGAGAGCUGCUGCUUUAUCCACAGGGCCAGCUUCCCAUGUCCCAUCUGGAUGCACCGUGCACUAUGGUUCACAUCAAUGUGUUGAAAAAGUUCAUGUGUGUUCUUGUGGUAAUACUGGUAGCACUGACAGUUUGCCUGUGGAGAGAAACGAGAAGAAGCUACUAUGAUCCUUUGAAGACCAGGAAUGAUGAUUUACAGGGGCGCAGGAGUUUGGAGAAAUGGAGCCCAGUUAAAUCACAAGGCCUUUUCCGUGAAGCAGCCAGUGAACUGGGGCAGGUACCCAAAAUGUGGCUUGCUACCCAAAACAAAGGCACCUCUGAAACAGCUGAGAAGUCCAAGAAAGCAGCCUUUGGGAAGGUAUGGGAUAAGGACAGCUCAUCCAGAAAUCUCAUACCCAGGCUGCAGAAGGUCAGGAAAAACUACCUGGCCAUGAACAAGUACAAUGUGACUUACAAUGGGAAGAGGAGUGCUAAGCUCAGCCCAGAGAAGUUGCUGUGCCAGCUGCGGGACAGGGUCAAUGUGACCAUGAUCCAGAGGUCAGAUGGUCCUUUUGGUACCUCUGAAUGGCAGCAGUACCUGCCAGGGAAAAGCCUCAGUGAAACAGUGGGACACCUGGGUCGCUGUGCUGUCGUGUCCUCGGCAGGCUCUCUGAAAUCAUCUCGCCUGGGACACGAGAUAGACAGCCACGACGCCGUUCUGCGAUUCAACGGAGCUCCUGUCAGGGGCUUCCAGGAUGAUGUGGGGCAGAAGACAACAAUUCGUCUUGUGAACUCCCAGCUUGUAACUGUUGAAGAGCAGCAGUUCCUGAGGGAACCACUAUAUAACACUGGAAUCUUAAUUGUCUGGGAUCCAGCACCAUAUCAUGCAGAAAUUCAUGAGUGGUACAGAAAACCAGAUUACAACUUUUUUGAAAGCUAUAAGGCGUAUCGUAGAACACAUCCAGAGCAGCCCUUCUAUAUCCUGAAUCCCAAAAUGCAGUGGCAGCUCUGGGAUAUUCUGCAGGAGAACUCCCUGGAGCAUAUUCAGCCUAAUCCACCAUCAUCAGGAAUGCUUGGCAUCGUGCUGAUGAUGACGCUGUGUGACCAAGUGGACGUGUACGAGUUUCUCCCUUCCAAGCGGCAGACGGACAUCUGCCACUACUACCAGAAGUUCCACGACCACGCCUGCACCAUGGGAGCUUACCACCCCCUCCUGUUUGAGAAGAACCUGGUGAAGCACAUGAACCAGGGCACGGAUGAGGACAUCUACACCCACGGGAAAGUCACCCUGCCUGGCUUCCGACAAGUGCAGUGCUAGCAGAUUGGUUUCACCGGGAUUACUUCUCCUUGAUUUUCAAAGCACUUUUUUAAUUAGGGUUGUCAGAUUUGUUAGGUCUAAGCACUGGUGUGAUUUGACAGCUCUUCCAUGUAGCAAGGCUUGCUCUUAGGACUUUGUUGCCCAACUGUGAGCUGUAAGGCUCGCUGUGGUACAGCCACUGACCUGCAUGAGUCACUGCAAUAAAUGGACUCCCAGUGGAGCCAGGCUCCUGCAGCACGUGGAUGCCUCUGGCUUCAUCUCAGCCCAUGGUGGUGUAGGGGAGGCACAGGAGAAGCUCUCUAAGCAGAGAUUGCACAAGUCAAGAUCAUUCAGUGAAAAUAGUUCUGUUUGCUUCCUAGGAGUUGUGACAA